CUAGCCUGAACACCCAAGUCCAACGAUCUUUCAGCUUUACGCGACUGGAAUAUAGACGAAUAUCUGUCUUGUUUUGACUAUGACGGACUCCGAACUUCCUGCUCGGCCUCGCGAGGCCGUCGACGAUGUCGAAGAUAGCUCCAGUGAAUCGAGUCCCAGCGAAUGUCUAGAUCUCACAAAGGACGAUGGAUGGGAGGAUGUUGAGCCUGAUGAAGAAGUCAAUCCUGUCGUUGACCUCUUUAGCGACAAGGUCUUUCCAGACACCCGGUCAAUGCUUCAACACUGCAAAGAAAAUUUCAACUUCGACCUUGUUAAGGUGCAGAAGGAGCUUGGCCUAGAUUUCCUUGGGAGCAUAAAGCUCGUCAAUUAUAUCCGGUCGGAAGUCCAAUCGGGGAAUACCAAGCCGGAUGUAUCGUCCAAUGCCCCAUUUGAGGAUGACAAGUACCUUAAGCCAGUGCUGGAAGAUGACGCGCUUCUAUAUACUCUAGAGGAUAUAUCGGAUGGCGACGAAGACCUUGGUCAACAGGCCGCGAAUCCUACCUCUAGAAUAAGGGAUCUUGAAGAAGAGCUCAGUCGCCUUCGGGAAGAGUUCGUUGAAUACAAGAAUAUGGUGCAGAGAUCGCUCAGCAAACAGCUUGGGAGCGAAGUCGAAAACGGCUCGCAGAUCCCUCCGAACCAGAGUCAAAACGAGCACGUUACCGAGACAAGGAGAUAUAAGGAUGCAGAAGCUGGGUACUUCACUUCUUAUGCCUAUAACACGAUACAUGAAUCGAUGUUAAAGGAUACUGUUCGAACUGAUUCUUACCGCGAUUUCAUUUACGAUAAUAAAAGUAUCUUUAAGGAUAAAGUCGUACUGGAUGUGGGCUGCGGAUCUGGGAUCUUGUCUAUGUUUUGUGCAAAGGCCGGAGCAAGGAUGGUUAUAGCCGUUGACAAUUCAGAUAUCAUCGACAAAGCACGCCAAAUCGUGUAUGAGAAUGGAUUCGGCGACGUGAUCAAGUGUAUCCGGGGUAAAAUUGAGGAAGUAGUCUUGCCUGUAAAGCAAGUUGACGUUAUAGUCUCGGAGUGGAUGGGAUACUGUCUCCUAUUUGAGGCGAUGCUCGACUCAGUGCUCUUUGCCCGAGAUCGCUAUCUCGCACAUGGAGGACUAAUGGUGCCUUCACAUGCGACGCUUCGGAUAGCACCCAUUGCAGAUUCCGAUUUCAUUGAUGAGCAUAUAUCAUUCUGGAAUUCAGUUUAUGGAUUCAAGAUGUCAGGCAUGCUUGAGAACGUCUAUGAUGAGGUUCUCAUCCAAACAAUCAGCCCUUCUGCAAUGGUUGCAGAUUCUGCUUUAUUUUUGUCUCUCCCUUUGCACACUAUUACAGUUGAAGAGCUCACGUUUGUCAAAGAGUUCAAAGUUGCUAUAACAAAAGAUGCCGACACCUUGGAUGGUUGGCUUGUUUGGUUUGACAUGUUUUUUAUGCCUUCUUGUGAAAGCAAGCUUGCAGAUAAUGCCACUCCAGGCGGGAUGAAGAAGUCGGGCUAUGUGGCCUUUACAACUGGCCCUGAUGGAAAAGAAACCCAUUGGCAGCAAGGGGUGUUUUUGAUAAACCGUGGAAAACACCAAGAGCGUCCAUUGAAAAAAGGUCAAGUGAUUAAGGGAAAAAUUGGAUACAAAAAGAAGGAAGAGCAGUCGCGUUUACUGGAUAUCGACAUCGAAUGGGCAGUUGAUGAAGAGCCUCCGGUUCACCAGGAAUGGGCAUUGCAGUGAGCUUGCCAGUUCCCAAGCAUUCGAAAUUUUCGCUUUUGAUGUGAUAUGGGAAAUGAUUCAACAUGUUCAGCAUAAAGGUGAUGGUCAAAUAGAUAU